AUGAGUAAAUAUGAAAGUCAUCAAACAAAUAAUUUACGAUCAAAUUCAACAACAAAACGUUAUUCACCAGAAUCAAAGGAUGAAUUUGAAGAACAUAUCGAUGAUAGAAACACACCCACAACUAAUGAUAAUAAUGUUAUUAUGAAAACACCUCAAUCUCUUGAUGAUCUUCUUGAUGUUGACGAUAAUGAUAAUCAAACUGAGGAAAAUAGAGAAGAAAAUGAGAAUGAUGAUGACGAUGAUGAUGAUGAUGAUGAUGACGAUUCUACACGAUUAAGUAUUGAUGAUCAAAAUACAUCAGAAACAACCAAACAUAAAAAAUCUAACGAUAAAAAUGGUAAGCUUCAAUAG